AUGACCGCGCGCCAGCCCGAGCUUCACGUCUCGGCGCUAUCGCCAGCGGAAUAUAAGGCGUACACGCGGUACCUCGACCUGCUGCUUCUGGCGCAGGCGGCACAGGGAGACGCCGGCAUCGACCCCGAUGGAACGGCACGCUUCGAGCGCGGUGUCGUUCGAGACUUCGGUGCGGGAAGGCUCGAUGUGCCCAAGCCGCUCGUCGAUGACGUCUUGCGCCUGAUUCCCGGACGCGAACGCCUUCAGGCCGGACAAGUGUACGCCGUCUUGCGUGCGCUCGCGCAUGCUGCUGGAGGCAGGCGGCCGGAGCUCGACCUCGUGUUUGUGCCUGCCGAGCCGCUUCCGCUCGAUCCAGCAUCAGCGCCUCCACCAGCGCCGCCGCGUCGUGCCCCGGCGCAGGCGCCGGAACACAAGCGCCGCCCGUCCCUCCCUGCCAAGCCGAAGCCGCCCUCGCCCCCGCGGCGCUCGAGUAACCGGCGUUCAUUACCCGCCAACUCGGAUCCGUUUAGGGACGCUCCGCCGCCGCCGCCUUCCCCGCCUGGCGCGUCUGGCGCUCUCCCCCCGAAGCCGGAGUUUGAGGGCGGCGGCGUUCCCAGCAAGAACCCAUUCCGAAGUGGCACCGAGCGGAAUGUUUUCGAUGAUAGCAAGAAGCCACUGCCGCCACUGCCCGCCCGGAAGCCUUCAAUUCGUCCCAACCUCCCCCCGCGAACAAGACAGAGAGCGUCGAGCACAAGCUCGUCAUCGACGCUUGAGACGAGCGGCCGUCCCCCAUCCGGUCUUAUUGCUACCAGCCUUGCGGCCGCGCGGGCGGCACCUGUAACCGAGCCGGGAUCCUCGGUUACCGUCCUGCGCCGAGCAAAGACGACCCGAGAGUCUAGUUCUCGCUAUGGCGACCUGAGUGCUGCGAGCGGGGAGCGGGAGAAGCGUCCCGUGAAGGACCUGGCGGAUGAAGUCCAGCGCGCCGUCAGCCAAAGUGGUGUCGACCCGCCUCCCCCGCCACCGCAGCGCCAUCCCUCUGCCAAGGGCUCACGACCGGCACCCACGGUACGCACUUCGUCCAACUCUGCCUCGAGCUCCACUACUCCUGUCCCUGGUCCCAGGACAAGCUCCAUGUCCGCCCCUGCCGCGAGCUCCUUCACGCAAACGGCGGAGCGAUACCGGCGCGAGUACCCCGGCCUGCGGACGUGGUCCCUCACGGGUCUGCUGAGCGACACCGGACGGCCGUUGCGGAACCCGCUAGCUCUGAUCAUUCUGAACCAGCCGAUCACACGCCUCGACACGCUUCGGCGGGCCUGGGCUGCUAGUUCGGUCCGACUCUGCGCUGACGGCGGCGCGAACAGACUGUACGAUGCGCUCUCACCCUCCGAGCGCGAGAUCAUGCUCCCUACCAUCAUCAAGGGUGAUCUCGACUCGCUCCGUCCCGACGUGCGGGCAUACUACUCCUCGCGCGGCGUCAAGAUCAAGAAGGUGGCGGACCAGGACAGCACCGAUCUGCACAAGUGCAUCGACGAGGUGGAGUCGAUCGAGUCCGCCUCAGGCACGACAUUCAGUCUGCUCCUCUUCGGCGGUCUCAGCGGCCGAUUCGACCAGACGAUCGCAACGUGCAGCACAAUGCUGAAGAUGCAGCGCAAGGCCGCCACUUUUAUCAUCUCCGAAGACUCGCUGGCGUGGUGUCUCCCCCCCGGAGCGCAUCUAAUCGAAAUCGACCAGACCACGAUGGGCGAGACAUGUGGCCUCCUGCCCCUCUCUGGCCCGAGCCAUAUCCGCACCGAAGGCUUGAAGUGGGACUUUGACUGGCUGUCGUCGAUGGACGGGCCCGUGUCGAGCAGCAACCACGUGACGGACAAGGACGCGUUCGUGCACACCUCGGCGACGAUCUUCUGGACUGUCGAGAUCCGGCCCGACCUGCCCGCUCCCCGGCGCAGUAGCGGGACUGUGGAGGAGGUGACGCGGGGCGUGCGCGAGCUCGGGUCCAGAGUCGGCAGUGUGGGACGGGAGAUGGGGCGCGAGGUCCAGCGCCGUAUCAGUGUGCAGCGCGACAGGCCGCAGAGGGAGGGCUGGGACAGUGACGGGGAUAGAGACGACGUGAGACUCAAUGAUUACGGGGGCAGGACGGGGGGCACGCAUACCCUCCAUGACCAUGAGGAGGAUGGGUAUGCCCAGCUUGACUAG